CCUUUAAGAAAGUUGACUCCUUCCGCGUUUACCUGAAGCUCUCAGGACUUUCCUAAUGGGCGUCUGCCAUUGACACCAAUUUGUUUGUGCUGUUGUCGUGCUUGUAGAAAGAAAGAGAGGGAAAGAGAAAGAGAAAUGAGCAGAAGAAACUAAAAAAACAAAAACUUUCCCGGAAUUUAAAGUUUAGUUUUUGUUGAAGCUGAGUCCUCGCAGGUCGCUAUGGGUUGUUGUGGCAGCACAGAGGGCAAACGUGACUGGAAACCGCUGGAGGAGCGUAGCUGCACGGAUAUCCCAUGGCUCAUCGUAUUUAUACUGUUCUGCAUCGGGAUGGCAUGUAUUUGUGGCUAUCCCAUCGCCACAGGAGGUGCCUCCAGGCUUAUCUCAGGAUAUGAUAGUUACGGCAACACCUGUGGUAAAAAUAACACCAAGAUCGACGGGGUACCCCUCAGUGGCCGGGACAUGACUGAAAACAAGUUCGUUUUCUUUCUAGACCCAUGCAACCUUGACUUCAUUAACAGAAAGAUCAAGUCCAUCGCCCUGUGUGUCUUCAAAUGUCCAUCUGCUGAACUGACGACAUACAACGAUUUAAAGCAGUUUGCUCUAAAUAAUGGCUCUCAUCUUUGCUCCUAUGAUAUUCCUACGACAAAAUACACACACAGUUCAGAAAGACACACUAAGUGUCCAAAACUUCCUGUUAAACCAAGUAAGGCUGUGCCACUGUUUCGCCGCUGUAUUCCUGUGGAUAUCAGCUGCUAUACUGAGUUUGCCCAGGCAUUCAUCUCAUUUGUCAGUGACAAUGAUGUGUUGCGGCGAGUCCUCGCGGGGGUGAUGGCCAGCAAGGAGAUCAUCAUGGGCCUCUGUCUGCUGGCUUUAGUUCUCUCCUUGAUCAUGAUGGUUGUUAUUCGUUACAUCUCCAGAGUGCUGGUGUGGAUUCUAACAGUUCUAGUAGUCAUCGGCUCUAUAGGUGGGACAGGUGUCCUGUGGUGGCUCUACGUGGACCACAGGAAUGCCCUGAACAGUAACACUGUGUCAGUAUUUGGAAAAGAAGUGGCUUCAGACAAUGUUAAGGCCCUGCUUGUGUGUUCAAUUGGUGCUACAAUUUUCACGGUAAUACUGCUGCUGGUGAUGUUCUUCAUGAGGAAGCGUGUGGCUCUCACCAUCUCUCUGUUCCAUGUGGCGGGGAAAGUCUUCAUCCAUCUUCCCCUGCUGGCCCUGCAGCCUUUCUGGACCUUCCUCUGCCUCAUGCUCUUCUGGGUCUACUGGAUCGCUGUGCUGCUCUUCCUUGGGACUACAGGGACGCCGAUAAAAAACAAUUCUACAAAUGUGGUUGAAUAUCAAAUGCAAGGGCCUCCUCAGUACUUGGUGUGGUAUCACGCGGUGGGCCUCAUCUGGAUCAGUGAGUUCAUUCUUGCCUUCCAGCAGAUGACCAUUGCUGGAGCUGUGGUCACCUACUAUUUCACAAGGAAUAAAUCCCAGUUGCCAGCAACACCCAUCCUGUCUUCCAUGGCACGCACCAUCCGCUACCACCUGGGUACUUUGGCCAAAGGCUCCUUCAUCAUCACGCUUGUUAAGAUCCCUCGUCUCAUCCUGACUUACAUCCACAGCCAGCUCAAAGGAAAGGAAAAUGCCUGUGCUCGAUGCAUGCUGAAAGCCUGCGUCUGCUGUCUGUGGUGUCUUGAGAAGUGUUUGGCAUACUUGAAUCAAAAUGCUUAUACUGCAACAGCCAUCAACAGCACCAGUUUCUGCACCUCGGCUCGUGACGCUUUUAUUAUUUUGGUGGAGAACGCGCUCCGAGUGGCUGCCAUUAACACUGUGGGCGACUUUGUCCUCUUCUUGGGAAAGAUUCUUGUAGUCUCCUGUACAGCAUUUGCUGGUAUUCUGGCUCUGAACUACCAGAGAGACUACACUGUGUGGGUGCUGCCUCUCCUCAUCGCCUGUCUGUUUGCCUUCCUGGUGGCCCACUGCUUCCUCUCUGUGUUUGAGAAUGUGGUCGACGUUCUCUUCCUCUGCUUUGCUAUUGACACGAAGCAUAAUGACGGCAGCCCUGGACGAGAGUACUACAUGGACAAGGCCUUAAUGGAAUUUGUCGAGAACAGUAAGAAAAUGGGAUUUCACAAGCCAAAGGAUGGAGAUAGCCGGGAGAUGAAGCCCAUGACACGUGGAGGGACUUUAGCUUGACCAAGUAUCACAAGGACUGCCAAAACCACUAAAACUCCUCCAGAUCUUAACUCAGAGUUUACUAGCAUUACACUCCAGGGACAUCAAUAAAAAUAACAGUGCACUUUGUAUAGAGCUUUACCAAGCAAGCAAAGCAAAAAGGCGCUUUGGUCUUACUGUAUAUUUUCGAGAAAAAGAUUUAGAGUUUGAUACUAAUAGAUGUAAUGUGGUAAAAGCUCAUUUUUGUUUGUAUUUUGUGAUUAAUUAGCUGGAUUUGCUAGGGUUUUUUUUCUUUAUAUACCCAAGUUUUCUUUUUAUUACAUUUUAAAUAAUAUGAGCGAUUUAACAUGGUUUAACAUGUUUGGUUUCUUUUUUUUUUUUUUUACAGAAGUAGUGUUAGCUGCCGUUCACUGAACCCUUCAGUGAACAUUUUGAAACAUACAGCUAACUAAAUUUUGUCGAAAGUCUGGUCAAGUUGUUUAUGACAUAUUAAAUUUUAUACCUGAAUAAAACACUGACUUUU